ACCAAAACGUGGUAAUUCCCUUACUUAUGAAAUGGUAACAGAAUUUCUUAACCUCUUUACCAAAAUUGAAGACGAUCCUUCAAUACACAUUAUUGUAAUAACUGGAGCAGGAAAGUAUUUUUGUACGGGGCUAGAUUUACAACUCUCAGGCGAAAUAUCUGAUAACUUUGAAAUAGGUUAUCGUUUUUAUAAAACUAUUAAAGAUUGUUAUAAACCCGUGAUCGCCAAGAUAAAUGGACCGGCUUUAGGCGGUGGUCUAGGCUUGGUAUUUACAACAGACAUUAGAAUAACAUUAAAAGAAGCAUAUUUUUCAUUUCCGGAAGUAAAAAGAGGAAUUGUACCAGCUAUAAUUUCACGAUAUGUUGUUCCAGAAAUUGGGUUAUUUAAGGCAAAACAAUAUAUGCUGACAGGAGAAAAGAUAUCAGCAGAACAGGGAUUUUCAGAUAAAUUCAUUACGUGUGUUGUGGAAGAUCACGAAGAACUGAAUAACAAAGUUAAUCAGUAUACGAAACUACUUUUAUCUAAUGCACCGGUUGCAAUUAAAGCAAUUAAAGAAUUAGUAAAUUUAAUUGGGUCGACAGAAAACGAAGAAUUAAAAAAAAAUUAUAUCCAAAGA